AUUGAAAUAAACAUUUAAUUUGGAUAGCUAACACAAAAAUCUUGGCCAGCGUUUAAAGCUAGGCCUACUUUUUACCCAAUGGCGGGCAAUUUUUGGCAAAGUUCGCACUCGCAGCAGUGGAUUUUGGACAAACCUGAUCUACUCAGGGAGCGUCAGCACGAUUUGUUGGCUCUAAACGAGGAUGAAUACCAAAAAGUGUUUAUAUUCUUCGCUAAUGUAAUCCAGGUGUUGGGCGAGCAACUAAAACUGAGGCAACAAGUCAUCGCCACGGCAACAGUAUAUUUUAAGCGGUUCUAUGCGAGGAACUCCCUGAAGAAUAUCGACCCUCUGCUGCUAGCGCCCACCUGCAUCCUGUUGGCCUCGAAGGUGGAGGAGUUUGGUGUCAUUUCCAAUUCCAGACUAAUUUCGAUUUGCCAGUCGGCAAUUAAGACUAAGUUCAGCUAUGCAUAUGCUCAGGAGUUCCCCUACCGUACAAAUCACAUUCUGGAGUGUGAGUUUUACCUGUUGGAGAACCUGGAUUGCUGCUUGAUUGUUUACCAACCGUAUCGACCGCUGCUGCAGCUAGUCCAGGACAUGGGUCAGGAAGACCAAUUGCUCACCCUUAGCUGGCGCAUUGUUAACGAUUCCUUGCGCACCGAUGUCUGCUUGUUGUAUCCUCCCUAUCAGAUCGCCAUCGCCUGCUUGCAGAUUGCUUGCGUCAUCCUCCAAAAGGACGCCACUAAGCAGUGGUUUGCAGAACUAAAUGUAGAUUUGGAUAAAGUCCAGGAGAUCGUUCGCGCCAUUGUCAAUCUGUACGAACUGUGGAAGGACUGGAAGGAGAAGGACGAGAUUCAAAUGCUGCUUUCUAAGAUUCCGAAACCAAAUCCACCGCCACAGCGCUAAAAAUGGCUCAGUUAUUUAUACUUCUAGCUCAUAUUGCCUAACUAUUUGUAUGUCUUCAUCUUACCUAUUUAUGUCGAUGAAAUAGAGGUUUAAGCUAUAUAAUAUUAAGCAACUCAUACUUCAAAAAUAUAAAGCGAGACUUUUAUGCAA